AUGAAUACGAAUCAUUUGAAAACCACUGCCAUAUCGGUGAAAUUUGGGAAUAGCGCCUGGAACGAUGUCACCACUCCGGAUUUUACAGUGUUGAAAUUUCAAGAUGUAGCAAAAAAUUUGUCAUCGUCUGUGUUUUUAAAUUAUUCUGAUGAUAAUUCAACGGUGGAAUUCAGCCAGACAACGACAGCAUCCCCACCUGUGUUUAACGAAGCCCAUAUGGUAGAAACCAUAGUCCUGUCUGUUAUUUUUCUCAUUUCCUUCAUAGGAAAUACUGCUACUUUAAUUCAGAUGUACCGUAUGAGAAAACGACGCUCUACAAUCAACACUCUCAUCGUCAACCUUGCCAUCGCCGAUUUAAUUGUCACGUUUUUCUGUAUGGCUGCCGAAGCGUUUUGGACGAUCACCAUGCAGUUUUUGGCGGGAAAUGCCAUGUGUAAAAUUUUGCGUUACAUACAAGCGUUCGGUCUUUUACUGUCCACAUAUAUAACUGUUGUAAUUAGUUUGGAUCGGUGCUGUGUUAUCUUGGAUCCCAUCAGUAGGAAUAAAGCCCCUCAGAGAGUUCGAUUCAUGAUAGGAGUGUCGUGGCUUUUAAGUGCCUUGUUCAGUGUUCCGCAGCUGUUCAUUUUUAGCGUGUUAAGAGGACCGUUUAGGGAAGACUUUUAUCAAUGUGUGGAUAUUGCGUCCUAUCCUCAUCCUCAAUACAAGUGGAUGUACAAUAUCUUCUGUCUCUUCGUGCAAUUUUUGAUCCCCCUUGGAAUUAUGAUAGCGGCCUAUGGACUCAUAUUUUGUACAAUCUCCAGAAAAUCUAAAGAAUUCAGAGGUAAUGACAUCACAUCGAAUGUAAACGACAUCAGCAGGGGACAGGUCAGAAACAAUCUGUUAAAGAAAGCCAAGAGAAAAGCAUUGCGCAUGUCCAUUUUCAUCGUCAUCGCCUUUGUUGUUUGUUGGUUUCCUUACUACGUGCUUUUUACCGGGAAUUCAUUUGCUCAAUGGAAAGAGUUAAGUCCGUCGUUGAUGGCCGGAUUGUCCACCAUGGGUCUCUCCAACUCAAUGCUGAAUCCAAUCAUUUACGGCGCUUUCCAGUUGUGCAAGGUGCAUAGACCAAGGUUAGUUUGGAGGACUAUUAUUUCAAAACCCAGGGCGUGUGAUUCCGUCCUCUUCUUGAUGAAAGAAGAGGAACACUUUUAG